GGCACAGCCAAUCCUUGGCCUGAAGAUUGUGUUUUGGGGGUGGGGGAGAGGGGGGGUGUCCCUCCCCUCCCCUCCCUCUUUCUCUUUGGGGCAUCCUGAGGGGGAUGACCUCGGUGCCAGGCUCGGCGGCUGCCGCCUGAUGCUGGGUGAGCCGAGCCGGGGAUGCUGGUACGAAGGACGUUGCUAUGGCAACGGGAGGCAGGGCCUGGGGGGGGGACCGGGCCCGGGCUGGAGCUGGAGGGGCCGGUGGCGGCUGUAGUGGGGCGAUGGCGGAGCGCGGCCCAGCCUUCUGCGGUCUCUAUGACACAUCCUCGCUGCUUCAAUACUGCAAUGAUGACAAUCUGUCGGGCACCAGCGGCAUGGAGGUGGACGACCGCGUGUCGGCGCUGGAGCAGCGGCUGCAGCUGCAGGAGGACGAGCUGGCCGUCCUGAAGGCGGCGCUGGCGGACGCGUUGCGUCGCCUGCGGGCGUGCGAGGAACAGGGAGUGGCGCUGCGAGCCAAGGGUACCCCGAAAGGCCGAGCACCCCCGCGUCUAGGCACCACUGCCUCCGUAUGCCAGCUCUUGAAAGGCCUGCCCACCAGGACGCCCCUCAAUGGCUCGGGACCCCCACGGCGCAUGGGUGGCUAUGCCACCUCUCCAUCUUCCCCCAAGAAAGAGGCGACCUCAGGGCGCAGCAGUGGCCGUCGCUACCUGUCCCCGGAGCGCCUGGCCUCGGUGCGUCGCGAGGACCCCCGCAGCCGCACCACCUCCUCCAGCAGCAAUUGCAGCGCCAAAAAGGAAGGUAAAACCAAAGAAGUUAUCUUCAGCAUGGAGGAAGGCUCCGUGAAAAUGUUUCUAAGGGGCCGUCCUGUGCCUAUGCUGAUUCCUGAGGAGCUGGCGCCCACCUACAGCCUGGACACACGCUCAGAGCUGCCCUCCUGCCGCCUCAAGCUGGACUGGGUUUACGGCUACCGAGGCCGUGACUGCCGGGCCAACCUCUACCUGCUGCCCACUGGGGAGGUGGUGUACUUCGUGGCCUCCGUGGCCGUGCUGUACAGUGUGGAGGAACAGAGGCAGCGCCACUACUUGGGACACAAUGAUGACAUCAAAUGCCUGGCGGUCCACCCGGACAUGGUCACCAUCGCCACAGGGCAGGUGGCGGGCACCACGCGCGAAGGGAAGCCACUGCCGCCCCACGUUCGCAUCUGGGACUCCGUUUCCCUCUCCACCUUACACGUGCUGGGCCUGGGGGUGUUUGACCGCGCCGUGUGCUGCGUGGGUUUCUCCAAGUCGAAUGGGGGCAACCUGCUGUGUGCAGUGGACGAAUCCAACGAUCACGUGCUCUCUGUGUGGGACUGGGCCAAGGAGACCAAGAUAAUGGAUGGCAAGUGCUCCACCGAGGCCGUGCUGGUGGCCACCUUCCACCCCACGGACCCCACGCUGCUCAUCACCUGCGGGAAGUCCCACAUCUACUUCUGGAGCUUGGAGGGGGGCAGCCUGAGCAAGCGGCAGGGCCUCUUCGAGAAACACGAGAAACCAAAGUACGUGCUGUGUGUGACGUUUCUGGAGGGCGGCGACGUGGUCACUGGAGACUCUGGGGGAAACCUCUAUGUGUGGGGCAAAGGUGGAAACCGCAUCACGCAGGCCGUGCCGGGCGCCCACGAGGGCGGCGUGUUCGGGCUGUGCGCCCUGCGGGGCGGCACGCUGGUGUCCGGAGGGGGCCGCGACCGCCGCGUGGUGCUCUGGGGCUCCGACUACAGCAAGCUGCAGCAGGUGGAGGUCCCCGAGGACUUCGGCCCGGUGCGCACGGUGGCCGAGGGCCGCGGGGACACGCUGUACGUGGGGACCACGCGGAACUCCAUCCUGCAAGGCUCGGUGCACACCGGCUUCUCGCUGCUGGUGCAGGGUCACGUGGAAGAGCUAUGGGGCCUGGCCACACACCCAAGCCGGGCACAGUUUGUGACAUGCGGGCAGGAUAAGCAGGUGCAUCUGUGGAGCUCAGAGUCCCACCAGCCCCUGUGGAGCAGAACCAUUGAGGACCCCGCCCACUCGGCCGGCUUCCACCCCAGUGGCUCUGUGCUGGCUGUGGGCACGGUGACUGGCAGAUGGCUGCUGCUGGACACGGAGACCCAUGACCUGGUGGCUAUCCACACCGAUGGCAACGAGCAGAUCUCAGUGGUCAGCUUCUCCCCAGACGGGGCGUACCUGGCCGUGGGCUCCCACGACAACUUGGUGUACCUGUACACGGUGGACCAGGGCGGCCGCAAGGUCAGCCGCCUGGGCAAGUGCUCGGGCCAUUCCAGCUUCAUCACCCACCUGGACUGGGCCCAAGACAGCAGCUGCUUUGUCACCAACUCCGGGGACUAUGAGAUUCUGUACUGGGACCCAGCCACCUGCAAGCAGAUCACCAACGCAGAUGCAGUGAGAAACAUUGAGUGGGCCACUGCUACUUGUGUCCUGGGGUUUGGGGUAUUUGGGGUGUGGCCAGAAGGAGCAGAUGGUACAGACAUAAACGCCGUAGCCCGUUCCCACAACAGAAAGCUGCUGGCUUCUGCAGAUGACUUUGGCAAAGUCAGCUUGUUUAGCUACCCCUGCUGUCAGCCUCGAGCCCUCAGCCACAAGUACGCUGGACACAGCAGCCACGUGACGAACGUGGCCUUCCUGUGGGACGACAGCCUGGUCCUGACCACAGGUGGCAAGGACACCAGUGUGCUGCAGUGGAGGGUGCUCUGA